AUGGACGCUUAUACCGAGCGUUCCACGCCUCCUCUGUCCGAUUGCGAGACUACAAGCUCAACUCGUGUUGACCUCUCUUCACCUCCUUUCGCUCGGACUGGCUCUAAGUUGCCGUCCCAUCGUAAAUCACUCACAUCGUCCAGUGUCACCUCUGCCUUGGACUCUGAACGUUUGAUAUGUUCCAAUGCCAAGGGGAAACUAGUUCAACGUAGCCGCAACCACAGCCGCAGCAGCGGCAGUGGCGGCAACCUCCCCUUAGUAGGCCCUCUUACGAAGCCACGCAUUGUUCAUCAGGCCCCCCCCUAUGAGAUCCAGUUUGCAAAGAAGCAGAUUCUUGAUGGGUCAUACAGAUCUUUCAACCUCCAAGACUUGCGCGAGGGCAGGGAACUUCUCCAGAGAGGAUUAUCUCUCAUGUCCGAUGAUUCCUUCUGCAAGGCUGUUCAACUUAAACAGGCCACUAAGGAAGACCUCCGACACCAGCUCAUGCACACUACCUGGUGGCUCGAACGUAACAGGAGAGAAAAGUCUUUCCUGAAAUCUCUCAAGCGAGAGCAAGAAGGUGAAUUCAAGAUGGCGGAGAUGGAAAUGGAAAUAUUCAGGGGCUUCAUCACUACCCGGGGGCUCCCGGCCUUGCAAGAUGAUAAAGACUACCUUGAGGCAGUCUUUUUGGAGGACCUGGAUCAGUAUGACGUUGCCAGUGAGCAGUAUGACCAAUUUUUGACUCAUGCAGAGAAGCGUGCCGCCCCUUUUCCAAACAGCAGUGAUACAGAGCCGUCAGACUCCCACAGUGAUGUGGGGUCUGAUGAUAGCCUCAUCUACCAGCUGGAUGAAUGA